CCUGCGGAGCUGAGGGCGGAGCGUCGUCGCCGAUGGCUGGGAGCCGGGCUGGGAGGCGCUGGGAGAGCAGUGGGUUCCUGACGCGCCGCCGCCUGGCCGGGGGGCUGGCAUGGCCGCGUGCUUGUGAGCGCGGAGCGCGCAAGGGGCCGCUGCCACCAUGCCCGGGGGCGUGGGCGCCGUCCGGCUCUGCCUGCUGGCGCUCGCCCUGCCGGCGUGGACCAGAAGAGAAAACGGGGAAGGCAGCCCCCAGCUGCAGCAUGAACUAAUAAUACCUCAGUGGAAGGUUGCAGAAAACCCCACGAAAGAAAAGCAUCCACUCAAAGCUGAGCUCAGGGUAAUGGCUGAGGGGCAAGAAUUGAUCGUGGACCUAAAGAAGAAUGAGUACCUUUUUGCUCCAGCCUACACAGAAACCCAUUAUACUCCAAGUGGCAACGCUCAAACCACCAUGCUGAAAUCUGAGGACCACUGCUUUUACCACGGGACAGUGAGGAAGGCAGAACAGUCCAGUGUCACACUCAGCACCUGCCGGGGAAUAAGAGGACUGAUUAUGGUGAGAAGUAACCUCAGCUACAUCAUCGAGCCCCUUCCUGGCAGUGAGGGCCACCACCUCAUUUACAGAUCUGAACAUCUCAAGCUGCCCCUGGGGAACUGUGGGUUUGAGCACUACAAGUCCACCACCAGGGACUGGGUCCUUGAGUUUACGAACCAGACCAAGAAAAGACCUCGCAGGAUGAAAAGGGAAGAUUUACACUCCAUGAAGUACGUGGAACUUUACCUUGUGGCUGAUUAUGCAGAGUUUCAGAAGAAUCGCCGAGACCAGGAUGCCACCAAACACAAGCUCAUGGAGAUCGCCAAUUACGUUGAUAAGUUUUACCGAUCCUUGAACAUCCGGAUUGCCCUUGUGGGCUUGGAAGUAUGGACUCAUGGGAAUAUGUGUGAAGUUUCGGAGAACCCCUACUCUACUCUCUGGUCAUUUCUCAGUUGGAGGCGCAAGCUGCUCGCCCAGAAGAACCACGACAAUGCACAGUUAAUCACGGGUAUGUCCUUCCACGGCACCACCAUUGGGCUGGCCCCCCUCAUGGCCAUGUGCUCCGUGUACCAGUCUGGAGGAGUCAACAUGGACCACUCUGAGAAUGCCAUUGGCGUGGCUGCCACCAUGGCCCACGAGAUGGGCCACAACUUCGGCAUGAGCCAUGAUUCUGCGGAUUGCUGCUCGGCCAGCGCAGCUGAUGGCGGGUGCAUCAUGGCAGCUGCCACUGGGCACCCCUUUCCAAGAGUGUUCAAUAGAUGCAACAGGAAGGAGCUGGACAGGUAUCUACAGUCAGGCGGUGGGAUGUGUCUCUCCAAUAUGCCAGACACCAGGACGCUGUAUGGAGGCCGGAGGUGUGGGAAUGGGUACCUGGAAGAUGGGGAAGAAUGUGACUGUGGGGAGGAAGAGGAAUGUAACAACCCUUGCUGCAAUGCCUCUAAUUGCACCCUGAGAGAAGGCGCGGAGUGUGCCCACGGUGCCUGCUGUCACCAGUGUAAGCUGCUGGCCCCUGGGACCCUGUGCCGUGAACAGGCACGGCAGUGUGAUCUCCCAGAAUUCUGCACGGGCAAGUCUCCCCAAUGCCCCACCAACUUCUACCAGAUGGACGGCACUCCCUGUGAGGGCGGCCAGGCCUACUGCUACAAUGGCAUGUGCCUCACCUACCAGGAGCAGUGCCAGCAGUUGUGGGGGCCUGGAGCCCGGCCCGCUCCCGAUCUCUGCUUUGAGAAGGUGAAUGUGGCAGGGGACACCUUUGGAAACUGCGGGAAGGACAUGAAUGGGGAACACAAGAAGUGCAACAUGAGAGAUGCCAAGUGUGGGAAGAUCCAGUGUCAGAGUUCUGAGGCCCGGCCCCUGGAGUCCAAUGCAGUGCCCAUUGACACCACCAUCAUCUUGAACGGGAGGCAGAUCCGAUGCCGGGGCACCCAUGUCUACCGUGGUCCUGAGGAGGAGGGGGACAUGCUGGACCCGGGCCUGGUGAUGACCGGGACCAAGUGUGGCUACAACCAUAUUUGCUUCGAGGGGCAGUGCAGGAACACCUCCUUCUUUGAAACGGAAGGCUGUGGGAAGAAGUGCAAUGGCCAUGGGGUUUGCAACAACAACCAGAACUGCCACUGCUUCCGAGGCUGGGCCCCACCCUUCUGCAACACCCCCGGCCAGGGGGGCAGCAUCGACAGUGGGCCCAUGCCCCCUGAGAGUGCUGGUCCUGUGAUAGCCGGAGUGUUCACGGCCGUAUUUGUGCUGGCAUUCCUUAUGCUGAUGUACCACUACUGUAAACAGAACAACAAACUGGGCCAGCUCAAGCCUCUAGCCCUCCCUUCCAAGUUGAGGCAACAGUUCAGUUGUCCCUUCAGGGUGUCUCAGAACAGUGGAACUGGCCAUGCUAACCCAACGUUUAAGUUGCAGACUCCCCAGGGCAAGCGAAAGGUGACCAAUACCCCUGAAACCCCACGGAAGCCCUCCCAACCUCCUCCUCGGCCCCCUCCAGACUAUCUUCAUGGUGGAUCCCCACCUGCACCAUUGCCAAUGCACCUCAGCAGGGCUGCUAGGAGCUCCCCAGGGGCCGGGUCCCAAGUAGAGAGGAAAGAGUCAUCCAGGAGGCCUCCUCCCAGCCGGCCAGUUCCCCCGGCACCAAAUUGCAUCCUCUCCCAGGAUGUUUCUAGGCCGCGGCCGCCGCAGAAGGCACUGCCGGCUAACCCUGUGCCAGGCCGUAAGAGCCUCCCCAGGCCAGGUGGCGCCUCCGUGCUGCGGCCCACUGCCACUACCCCUCUUCAGUCUCGGCCUCUGGCAGCACCUGUCCCAAAGUUUCCUGAAUACAGAUCACAGAGGGCUGGGGGGAUGAUUGGCCCGAAGAUCUAACCCCUCUAAAGGGGUUUCUGCCUUUCCUUGAGGACUCUGAACCCCACCUCAUCCCAAAGGAUCCGUGGCCAUGGAACCUGGAAAAAGCAUGUCUGGCCACCUCCAAGCUCCUCCUCCCCUCUUUCCUUCCUCCCAGAACCACCGCAUCUCCAAAAAUCUCCUUCUUGACUCAGUGCCUCCUUGGCUUCCUGGGAGGCCCAGAGAGACUACUGUCCAGUGGCAUCAAAAUGUUGUUUUGUGCAAUAUACUGCCCCAGGAAAGGGAGGAGAGAACACAGAUGAAGACAAAUGGAAGCUUCUCCUCCAACCUCCCUUGGGUUGGCCUGUCACCUCAGAGGUGCCAGUGGGGAUGGUCUGGGCUGUAUCACCAUACAGGCCCAGCUGGGAAAAGUCCUGUUCAGCCCUUCAGCCCACAACUUGGCUUGGAGAAGCCAUUCAUCCACAUCCUGUGGUGGAGGGUAUACAUGAGAGCUUUCCAUUUCUUCUAUCUCUCUUAAAGGUCCCAGGCUUGACAGAGGCUGGGCAGUUACUCAUCCCUUUUAGCUCUGAGAUCGAGAGGGGUCAGGCCAGCCUCCACCGUGGCCCUGUUCAGGGCCUGGUCGAGGCCACCACUCCUGGCUCUGUGGCCACAUGUGAGCAAGUGAAGUUUGCUCCCCUCCCACCCCUCUAAACCCCCACCUCCCCUUAUUCACACGGGUCGCCCUGACUCCAACAGGUACUAUUUGUGGGCAGUAUAGACAGCAGAGGGAGCACCAGGCUUGGGCCUCCUCUGAGCCAAUGCCAAAGUUGUGGCUCUCACCUCGGGAUCAUUCUUGGUUGCCUUUUGUUUCCUUGUCUUAAUAAGUGCCCAGCGCUUUUGAUUUCUCCCUUCAGAAAUUUCUCCUUCCCCACUCAGAUCUACCUAAGGUGUGGUGCUGCAGUGAGUGGGUCUUCAGCAGUCCCAGCCUCCCAGAGACCUGGUGCUUGUGAGUUACAAGUGAGGGUCCUGCUGCAAGGGUUGGCCACUGGAUUUCCUAUGUGGUUCUCACGGCUCUUGACCAGAGGACACUCAGGCCAUGGCUGUGGGGGUCGAAGCUUUUUUUUCCCAUUGGGUUUUGUGACCUCAGCAGAGUGAGGGUGUCUUACCCUCUACUCCCUGGUGGAAAUCUAAGUAAGGUCCUCAGGGAGGGCAAAGGGGGCAGAACCCCAGCCUCUCCCUAGGUCUGGUUACUGAUUGGAGUCACGGUUGUUGCCCUCUGAGCAAAGAGCUGACCUGUCCCUAGAGAUCUGUAGAGAAGUAGCAGUUAGCAGUCUUGAUGGAACAGAGUCAGAGCUGGAGCCACCAGGCUUUUUAUCAUCCACUUCCUCGUGUUCUUUCUUCUGGUCACUGCCUUUAUCUGACUUUUAUAAAAAGAACUCGAAGCAGCUGGGAAAAUGCCACUGCAUUGGGUACUGCCCUCCCCAGAGCAGGAAAGGAAGGCUUUGUGGUGCUCUGCUAAAUUGGACAACUUGUCACUGGAGAUGUUCUCUGGUGGCGGUCUCCACCCCCAGAAGGGUGCUGUGCUGUCCCCACCUCCUGCAGUGAGCCGUUGUUCACGCUUGAAAACCUCAGUACAAGGAAGAAGCUUGAGCUUUUACUCCCCAGCCACCAACCCAGGGCCCCCUUACAGUUCUCUGCACACAACAGGUGCUCGAUAUGUGUUCUCGGGUUUUAGACAAGUGGGAGAUUUGGAAUGUACCCCUGGGGACACACAUGAGGUAGAUUUAGAAAGAUCUCAGGAAAAUGAGUUUCCUUUCCCUCAGGUAGUCUGAUAUUCAUGCGUCUGUCUCCCAGACAAGGGCCCUGGUUGAUCCCCAUAGCCAGUUUCCACCUUCCUUGCUGCCUGAUUAGGUCAGGGGACAGCCUUCCAUGUAAUUGUGCUACUCCAAAUGCCCCAGGCCUCAAGGUUGGGUCCCAGAAAAGUAAAGGUGAAGACACCCUGGCAAAAAAAAAAAAAAGUCACCCUUAUGCCCACCUGCAUGCUUCACAGACGUUCCUGUGGUAUGUCUAGCUUUUUUUCCCACAUACCAGGAGGUCGAAGGCUCUGAAGUGAAAAUGCCACAGCCAUUGUGGCUGCAUGAGCCUUUUGAACCUGAAAUCCACUCUCCCUGGAGCCAUACCAGAAAGAGUCCUGGGUUGUGUUUUCUUUUUUUUCUGUUUUUGUUUUCCGUUAUUUUAAUACCACCUCUAUCCCAUAAAAUUGUACUGUGAACUGGAAGAAGGUCGAAUUUUUUAUAUUUGAUGGAGACUUUUGGUGGCCGGUUCUAUUUACUGUUUCACUUCUGGCUGUGUCCCGGGACUGGGAGUCACCGUAUUGGCAGGCUGAGCAGGCUGCCCAAGAGUGAGACUGACCACUGCGUGCUCCCUUUUCCUUCCUGUGCCCUGUGCUGCUUUGAGGUGACAAAUAAAAACAAAUAUGGCCUUAGGUUAAAAGGGAUUUUAUUUGAAAGGAUUACUGCAAGACAAGGAAAGGGAACUUGCAUUCGGGGCAGGGUGCUGGCAGUGGGGGGAAUGCUCAAGUGAGCUCUUGUAAGAUCUGCAAGUAUCUCAAAGCUCAUAAAGGGGCCUUUUAUUUGAUAGGAUGGAGUGGAUGUGACUAGAAAGAACUGCAGUAGGAGCAUCCUUGCACUCAGCCUCCUUGUGGGGGGCUGCUACAGAAGGGCCGUAGGUUGGCUCAGGCUGAGGGUGGGCCCAAGUUCAGAGUCUGGUGGGGAGACGAGCCUAGCUAAAGCUGGUGGAGUUAACCAGUCCUUUGUUCAGAUGGAGCUGUAUGGAAAUCUUUUUAAAAGCUAACUUAACCUGCCAGUUUUACAGCCCUGUAAAUGUUUUUCUUAAGAACCUGGGAGCCAUCUCUGAAAAGUAAACCUCAAGGGACCGCAAGGGAGCUAGCAUCCCCAUCCGCCUGUCUCAGUGGGAGUUUUACCCAGGGACCGACUUGCUGUCGGUUGUUUUUAGCGUUGUUUACUUCUCCCUGUAAAAGCCCUUUUCUGCCCCAGCUCUGAGAUGCCUGCAGAUCCUAUAGUAUUGUGAGAGCCCCUUCUCCAUACUGCAGUAGCUCCUUGCUGUCUCUUGCCAUAAUCCUUUUGAAUAAAACCUCCCCUUACCUAUGUUCAAAUUUGUUCUUUUUUGGCAAAGGGUAUGGAAGACUUGUGUAUUUUAAAUGGGGGACCAGCUCUAAAGUCAGGAUUGUGUUAAAUGUGUAUAUAACAGCUCUGCUGGCCACCCAAGAAAGCCAAGGGAACGCCAACUGGAAAGGUGCCCCAUCCCUAGGGAAGCUUGCUAAGAGGGGUUCUGCAGAAUCCAAGCCAGUGUCCCCAGAGCCACCCUUCUGCUCAUCCUCUCACACCAUCUGCUGUGUGUAUGUGUCUGGGAUCUAGGGCAUGUGAAUUUUCUUUUUAUUUGGAGAUUGUUCACGGAAAACAGAUCCUCUUCUCUCUUGUCCACCUAUUAAUUGUUUACAAUAUUUGUACAUCUAUGCAAAAUACUUGAAUGGGCCAUGGUGCCUUUUCCCCCCCUUGUUUGUAUUUAAUUAAAAUAAAUUGUCAUUCGAAA